AUGGCGUCCACGGAAAACGCGAAAGGAACGACGCGUCUCAGGUCCAGCAAAGACUGGGAGGUCUGGAGCGACAAAUUCAUGAUGAAAGCUAUAGACUUAAACGUAUGGUCACUUGUAGACCCGGAUUCAGAUGACGAACCGAUUGCCCAGCCACGACCACCGGAGUUUUCAGACUAUCCACGAAGAGUUGUCCCGUCUGCGACAGCUGGAUCUACUCCAUCGGGACUUAGAUCAUCAGCUAGACAACGGAGAAGUUCCCAGUUACGGGGCUCAGAGACGCUAGAUGAUGAGAUAGAAGUGGCACCCGAACCGGAUAGUGACACGGAGUGGGCACACAACACGCUACGCGCCCGAGGCUACCAUGAACUUGUGGCUAGAGACCGAGACAUAUACGAUCGAGCCGGAAAGGACUACGACCGAAGAUACCAAGCUUUCAAAGACCAGCAGGCAGCACUGUCUAAAUUGCGUACCUGGGUAAUGGACACAAUUACAGAUCAUUACUACACCACCUGCUGCAAAGGCGAGUCAUCGAUCCGAGCAUGGCUCCGUAACCUGAAAGAGGAUGCCAACGUUGAUGCAAAGCGAUUGAGGUCGGAUGCCCGUGAGAGGUACAGGGCUGUCCUGAAGCCACUGGCGGCGCCACCAUCAGAUUUUGAGACGUGGAUCAACCAGUGGAAAGAAGCAUUUGCGUACGCCAGAAGUAAAGAUGUCUCUGAUGUACAACAUGCAGAUGAAUGGCUGGACGAUUUAGUUCAGGCUGUCAGAAAGAUAAUGCCAAAUUGGGGUUCAACCUUUCGGGGUGACCACCGACACGAGCUAGAUGAAAAUGAUCUGAGCUACCAUGAGGUAGCGGCUUCGCUGCGUGAAGAAGCUCGAGAUCUACGAAUUUUAAAGAAGACCACCGGUCGUGUAUCCAAAGGAGCUUUUGGACCAACGUUUGGGACCGAUCCGGAUCAAUGUUCAGAUGAAUCUGCCGACCAGGUAGAUGGCCAGAAAGGCAAAUCAAAGACAAUACACGAGAAGGAACAAAAAACGGACCGGCGCAAGCGAAGCAGAACCCUAGCUGACGAUGCUACCUGCCAAGCCUGUGGGAGCAAGUUCCACAACCUUUCGAAGUGUUACUACAUAAACCAGAGUAUUGCACCACGAAGUUUUAAGGGAAAUCCAACUAUACGCUUAGGCAUUGAAGCCCGACUGCUCAAAGAUACAGCCUUUGCAGAGGAAGUCAGAAGGCACACCAAGCCUAAGGAAGAGGACAAAGAGAAACAACUUUGA